CUUUAACCGUAUAAAGAAGACUUUCAUAAACAUGUGCUAACCUUUGCCUAGCUAGAGAAAUUAGCUAAUUCUCUUCGUCAACCUCCUCAAGAGACACGACACUUGGAGCGAAAACUAACCCUUUGUUGGGAAGGUUUGCUUGCCGCUAAAAAUGUGAGGUAUAUACUUUAAGAAAUACUCCGGGUACAUUAAUAGCGCAAUCACAUUUGCCCGUCAAAAUCCUAUGGGGGGGGGGGGAAUUGUACGUUCCCUCUUCUGGGUUCCCAAAGGCAUUCCUCAGUCAUCCCAUCAUAUCAUGGGGAAGCAAACUUAUGUCUCAACCAGACUGAUGAUUGGAAUUGAGAGGUGCCUGAGAGUUGCUGGGACUAUCACCGGCUGCACUGGUUGGAAGAGAUAUACCUCCUUGAUGCAUGGGAGGAGGAGGAGGUGCAUACACUGGAUGGUCACCAAUAGGUGCACCUGUUGCUGGAAGUGAAGUUGGAGAACUCAUAGAGGGAGGCCUUAAAAAACUACUCACCUGACCCGGCAUGGGGGCAACAGGUUAUUCUUGUAAAAUGAAUCAUCUCCUUCCCCAAACACCAUUACAUUUCACUGCCACCCAACAUUUCAUCAUUUCUCAUAUUCUUCUUCGUUUCAACCCAUCAUCCCCAACAACUCAAAAUCAUCUUCUUCGUUUCAGCCUCUUAGUCGUUUCAUAGCUCUUUCUCAUUUCUUCGGUCUCACCUCCGUUAGAGCUCCAUCGGAUCUAAGGACUCUGGUCCAGAUCUGGCAUGGAGAUGCUCACCGAUGACUGAUGGUGGCGAGGUCAACCUUAGAGCGGGAACGGUGGGGGCAUGACCAGAUGGAAUGAGCUUCAAGUAGAUAUGUUUGUCGAUGGCCGUGACAACUUGAUUCCAAAAACAGAGGCCAAUUUGCUUCUUACGGAAAUCACAUCGAGUCCACCAAGAACUACGAAAAUCACGAGCUUCAAAUAGAUCUGACUAAGAUUUGAGCAGCAACACCAGAAAUGUUUGAGAUGAGAACAACAGAUCUGAAUGGGUCAAACCCUACUAGCUGUGGAGAUGAGAACGGUGACGAGAUCGGAGAUGAGGGGAGGGUGGAGCAAUGUAUGGGUCAGUGUUGUAGUGGCAAUUGAGGGGAGGGUGGAGCAAUGUAUGGGUAGAGGAUGAGGGAGGGUAUUUUAGAAAAGUCAAUGUAACUUUUACAUUACAUAUAUUUGCAUGCCUGGUCAAACUGGGAAGUAAAUUUGUGAAAGGAGG